AUGCCCAAAAAGAUUCCCACGUUACAUCGUCAUGCGGGCCAACAGAUCAAAGACUCCUUGGAAGCUCACAGCGAAGUUCUGAACGCUAUCAACGAUGUCUACAAUGGGGCCGAAAGUCUCACCUCUAUCGAGAUCGACCCCGAAUCCUACCAGUCUCUUCACAUCGAUGUUCGAUCUCUUGAGAUAGACGAGAAUGGAAGACACACCUAUGCUCCAUAUUCUGAUCCCCACGGGCCGGUUUUCUUUGAACCCAAAGGUGCUGCAUGGGUUCCCCCCAUUGUUCUUACUAACCCCGACUGCCAGAGACGACUGACCUCACUUACUGAGCGAUGGGAGGAAUUCACAGAUCGCCUCUCAAAAGAAGGUGCUAAUUCCCAGGCAUCGUAUAUCCAUUCGGCUCUAGAAUGGAUGUUCUUUCAGUUCCGCCGACAGUUCUACCCCCCGGGAGAUGACAGAGUUCCACCUAACCUUAGGCAAGAGUCUAGAUGGCUGGAGAGUGGCAAUAAUGUCCCGUCAAUCAUCGCCGACGAGUUCUACCCAGCUAUUUGGACAUCGGUCCGAUGGUCGCCGAACACCAUGUUUGUGGCGAAGACACCGAGUGGUGGUCAGCCACGUCCCCCAUAUGUCAUGAUCACGAUUGUGAUUGGAGAGCAGCCUAGCGAAGGGCUGUUUCGGGCAGAGGUAAUGACUAUUACCACUGCUAUGAUCACACGACUUCAAAACGAGGACUUCUUGCAGUACAAUACAAUUCCGAUUAUGGCUAUCACAGUCUUUGGCGGAAUGAAAGCUCGUGUAAUCGAAGCCCAAUCCAGCCAAGAUGGUCUAGUCAUCAAGAAGACUCAGCUUUUUGAUUUCUCGACUAACGAAGUCGCAAACGAGAGUAUGAACAUUCUGCUCGGAUUCAUGUCCGCCGACCUAGUCGGAAAUCCCAGAAUGCCCACAGUUCCCAAACCCACAGUUGUCAUCGACAUCCCUAAGGUUUGCACUCUUGAUGUACUAGAUGGGGCAAAAGAUGCUGAACAUGAAUCAGAGCUCACAAAAAGAGCAUACGCUUGCGAGGAUGUUUGGAUCCGUCCGGGCAAGGAAGUUUAG